UCUGUGGGAAUCUUGGAAUCCUGCAAAUAUGCAUUGGUUAACAUCAUAGUAGAUAUGACGUUUUCUUUGGGAUCUCUUUUGGAGACAUUAGGAAUAUGCAGCCAAAUCCAGUUCCUACGACAAGCAAUGGUUGCGGGUGUAUUACAAACAGACCAGAAUCUCCAUAUAACGGACGAACGCUUUGGUAAUGUGCCUGUGAGAAUAUAUGAGCCAAAACGUCCCUACAGUGAGCCAAGAAGAUGCGUGAUCUACAUCCAUGGAGGUGCUGGCCUGUUUGGGACCAUUAAAUCUUAUGCAACUUUAUGCCGUAAAUGGGCCCUAAAAAGUGGGACGAUGGUUGUGAAUGUCGGGUUUCGUUUAGCUCCAGAGCACCCACAUCCGGCACAGCUUGAGGAUUGCUUGUUGGCUGUAGAACAUUUUCUGAAAGAAGCAAAGAAUUAUGGAGUGGACCCUAACCGCAUUAUGAUUGCAGGGGAUAGUAGUGGAGGAAUGCUUGCUGCUAUGGUUUGUAAUAACCUGGUAUCUAGGAAACAUCUCCCAAAAAUCCGAGCACAGUUGCUGAUUUAUCCAUUCCUCCAAACAGUAGAUGGUACAUUACCUUCAUAUCAGCAAAACUGCUUUGCCCCCAUCUUGUUUAAGGAACGAGCUAUCAAACUUGCUCUAAGAUUCAUGACAGAGGAGAUGGUAGAUUUUAAAGGAGUGAUGAAGAAUGCCCACGUUCCUGAUGGUAUGUCAGUGAAAUACAGAAAAUGGAUUAGUGCUGAUCAUAUUCCAGAUGAGUUUAAGAAAAGAGGCUAUGUGCCAAAAGUGCCUGCUCCAUUUUCAGAAAAGCUUAACAAAGUAACUGGAUUAUCUUUUCAGCCAACAUUUUGUCCACUUUUAGCUGAAGAUGACAUUGUACGACAACUCCCUGAGACUUUCCUUUUGACUUGUGAAUAUGAUGUACUUCGAGACGACGGUCUAUUGUACAAGAAACGGCUAGAAGAUAACGGUGUGCCGGUGACUUGGCUUCACCUAAAGAAAGGUUUCCAUGGAAUUCUGUAUGAAAGUGAUUUGAUGUUCUUUCAGUACCAAGAGGCAGAACAUGCAAUGAAACACAUAGUGGACUUCAUACAAAGGUUCUAAAAUGAAACUGCCUUCAGCUGGAAAUACCUGUGCCCCGUUACUUUGCAUGAAAUGGCAUUUGAGUUGCUUUCUUUCAAAGGUUUCUGUUAAGUCAGGAUAAUCAAAAUCUUGAUAGUAUACAGUGAUGAUUGGGGAUGGGGUGGAGGG